CUCGAGGUUUGGUGGACAUGCUUCCACCCUGCGUAGUUUGGUUGCAUUCCGUAUCACGCACAAUGAAAUAGUCAUGCGCCCCCAUCCCAGACCGCAGACCAAAAGAGCUCUGCCCACCAUCAGGGAGGGCUAUGAGGAGCUGGUCCAUGAUAUGAACCAGGCCAACAGCCUUCACACCCCUACUCAGCCCCAGGCCCAGCCCCAGUUCCAUCCUUUGUCAACACAGGACUACUUCCGGUCCAUUUGCCAGCUGGCCUGCCCAGCAUUUGGCCAGAGUGUGCCUGACUUAGACAUUCUAACAGUAGGCUUUCUCGACUCGCUCGGGCCUUGCCUCCGACUCCACAGACCCAGAGAGACAACGCCGUCCCCACGACAGCCCCUGUUCCAAACAGCCACUGUGCCGUUGCAAGACGAGGGUCCAAGCCAGGAUUGCAGGGCCCAGAGAGAGAGCAGAAACCAGGGGAGAUUGGCCUCGAGCCUGGGGGAAAGCCCCACCGCAACCAGGCUCCAUGUACCUGACCCCUUGGAGGUUCUCUACGGUCAUGGGGAUGCACUCGCUGCCCGGCGUUCUCCCCAGAGGCGGUGGAGGGACGCCCCCCCGCUUGGAAGCGAGGCGCAGUCCAGGCUUCGAGCCGAAAGCUUCCCCACCAUGACCUGCUCCUCUUCUCAGACCCAGCGCAAGAGUAGCUGCCCUGAACUCUGCCUCAAGGACACACCUCCAUUAGAAGGACGCCCCAUGGAAGAGCGUCGUGAUACUGCCGUGCCAACGCUUUCCUGGAAGCCCCAAGGGCAGCCAGAGAGUGCCCCUUGCAGUGGGAAUGGGAUGAGCAUCCGUGCCCGAACACACACACAUGCUGUUCCACUGGAUCGCUGAGGGGUUGCAAUGUGUGUCAAGAGGCCAGAUUCAGGGCUGCAUGCUGCCCACCACUGCCAAGAUUUAAACCGUGUUCAAACUGAGGGAGGGGGCAAUCAGUUUAGAGGACCCUUCAUUAAGAAAUGACCUUGGGGGGGGUCGUGUGACCUUAGUUACCCGUCAUCCUACCCAUCAUCCACCUUGAAGACGACCCUCCAGGACCUCCAAUAUGAUUCAAACACUGGAUGGAAAAGUACAACAUUUUGUGACAAAGCCAUGCAAAAUAAGGUUUGGGUCAGUUCUGUGUCAAUCCAGUCAUUUUAGUGUGAAAUGUUAUGAAAUGUGAAAGCAGCUGGAUUGAUUUGAAACAAACAAAAAAAGAUUAUCAAUGUAAAACAUGUAUACGUAAAUGGUGGUUUAGAAAUUUGAGGUCAGGUGACAGAGUGUGCCUAUAUAUUUGUGUAUUUAUAAUUUUAACAGGUUAACCUGAAACCUGACACACUGCACAGG